UUUGUAGAUCUAGGGAAACACCCCGCCGAUCAACUUCCGGGUGUCACAUGGUUGGCCGACUGUGCAGUGAGCCAAUGAACGCAAAGAAUAAGAGAAUGACGUGAUUUGCGUAGGCAAACAUGGCGGAGUAACAGCAGUGGAGUCUUGUUGCCAUGUGAAUUUUGCGUGAAAUGGCCAACACUCAGCCCCCAAGUCAGAGGGUGGUCAAACCACCUGUAAAGAAGAAGCAUCCACGAUCCAAGAAGCGCAGAACUAACUACUGUAUCUUGUGUCGCACGCCCUAUUUCAAGCAUGAAGCACAAGCGCAUUUACACAGCAUGCUGCACCACAGAGAGCUGGAGACAGUGGGCAAGUUUGCUUCUCAUGACUGCCAAGCAUGUAAGGCAUCCUCUAUGCGUUUAAAUGAGUACGCCCAGCACAUCUCGACGGCUGAUCACAAAGCCCAGUUGCAGAGACUGAUGUCCAGCAACGUUGUGCCCAUUCCUCUACAUAAGACUCUUGAUACAAGGACCAUCACCAAGAUCUUGGAUAGGAACAAGGCGCUAAAGAAAGAAGCCAAGAAGAAAGCAAUGAAAAAGAGAAAAAAGAAACAGAAGCAGAAUGCUGUUCAGAGGUGUGCAGAAAUGCUGCAGGGAGCGACCCAGCAAAGGACUGUGGCGUCCAAAUUACUAAAGCAGGCGCAGGAAACACACAGACAGAAUGCAAGCAACCAUGCUGUUUUCCAGAACAAGGAGAACAACGUGUCCAUGCUGCAUAGACAUCUUUAUCGAACAGAACUAGCCCAGCAGAAUCAAAGUGGGAGGGCGCGUUGGUCAAGAGAGCCUCCAGGACCAAUUUGGCCUCAGGAUCAGUUUACACAAUCAGCCCAUUUCAUGAGGUAUGAUCAAAGCCUUCCACGCGGCGGUGUGGAGAACUACCAAAAUGGGCCGCACAAUUUCCAAGGACGUGACUUACCCGAGCAAAUUCCAUGGCCUGUCUUCGACGAGUAUGACCAUCGAAACAGGCAGUACAGUAGUGACACGGCAAGAGACUUCACCAGCGAUCACCUUCCUGAAGGUGGAGCCAUCAUCUUUGAUUAUCACCACCGUCAGAGUACGGGAUCCUCCCAGCCGGGACAAGAAGGCUGCCGCCGUUUAAGUCGACCUGCGACUGCGAACGAAUCUGUCAACGCACCUCCUGUACAGGACGUCGACAUCGGCGCCAUGCUGAAGCAAAUCAGAAGAGCGCUGGGUGUGAGGGAGCCGUGCAGAGCAGAUCGAGAAGCUCGGAGGCAGAACAGCUCCACCAGUGUCCGGGUGGCUGCUUGUAGCUCAGCACAACAACCCGGAGGUGAGAUGGAGCAGAACCACAUCACCUCAGCUCAAGCUGCGUCUUCUCCAGACGUCGUCGCCCGUGCUCCUUCCAGUACCACUCCGGCUAAGCCAAAGCAGACAACUCUCAACGUGACUCAAGACACAACGCGCCAUGCUGAGAACAGCUCUGUAGCUGCAGAUAGACCGUCAAGUCUGACCGCUUCCAGUCAAUGCACGGACCAGACAACGUCCUCCGAGCCCAGCUUGAGCAACACAUGUAAGGUCCGAAUUGCGCACAAAUCAGGCAAAGUUGGGAGUGAGAAGGAUUCCAGGCUUAACUCAACCUUAAACAAGUUGAGGAGCUUGUCAGGGGCUCGGAGUAAGUUGAGCUGGAAAGAGAUGUACGAUGGCAUGAAAAAGAAGAACGUAAAAGACAAGCCGAGGUUUGGAAUCCAGGCGGUAAACCGCCGGUCUGACCAAGAAAACUCAGCACGGCCACAGGAGAGUGACCUGCCUCUGUCCGAAGGUUUCCACUGGGAGUCGGUUCCAGACAACCCCUCAGGUUCAGGCUUAACUUUGCCACCUCCACCCCAAGACGCAGCACAUGCCGACUUUCACGCCGAGACAGAUCUGACAGAUUCUCAGAUGCUGGAAGCUUUGGAGCACCCUGCUGCCGUGGAGGAAAGCUGCAGCAGUCAGCCGACAGCAGGGGUCUCUGUGAAAGUGGAGUCGAGCUUGGAGGAUGAGACGGAGCAAAUUGGAAAAGGGAGGAAAAGAAACGUCUCUGAAAAUGAGCCAAGUGGGAGAAAGAAAAAGAAGAAGAAGUCAAAUAAGGACCAAGAUCAAAUGGACCAGUUGUUGUCGGUGUCUCUGCGGGAGGAGCAGUUGAGCAACUCGUUGACAGAUUUGGACAAGUCUCUGAUCCAGGCCCGCAACGCCCUGCAAGCUACCUACGCAGAAGUCCAGAGACUUUUGCUACUGAGACAGCAGUUUACUACUGAGGUCAACAGUCUGAGAGCCAAGCGUAUUGAGAUCCUGCAGGGAAUGCAAGAGGGGUACUCUGGAGCAUCUAGUGCAGCAGCCACCACGUCAUCAGCAGCUACCAUUCAGCCUCCUUCUCUUCCUUCUUCAAGUGCCUUCACCAGCUCUGCAAGCCAGCAACCACCACCAACAACCCCAGCUUCAUCACUCACCCAAGAAAUGUGCCAUCUGCCCCCUGCUGGACGCGCUCGUGACUUGACUGAUACACUACACGUUCCUCUAACACCACCUCUGCCCAUGUUUGCCUCCAAUCUGCUCCCCUCGUUGCUGCUCGCUCCACCACAUUUCACCUCCACAGCAAGUGCCGCCGAUGUUGCUAGUCCACCUAAAGGGUCCUCCGCAUCUCCGAAUACACUUCCUCCUCCCGAAUCAUCUGCCAGGCAGCAGGAGCGUGAGACACAGGAGCUCGUUAUAAGUGAUUCUGGGGAAGAGAUGGUAGGAAAUCUCAGCAAAGAUCAAGCUAAAGGAAAAGAACCAGUGGUGGAAAAGUCUGUUCCAGAAAGAGAAAGGAUUGCAAUGGUAGCUGACGAUAAAGGCAACGAGAGUGAUGACUCUGUGGAAAUGAUUGGCUCCUCCGACCUGGAGGUCAUAGUUAUUGAUAAAUUGGACAGCGGGGGCUCACCUGAGGCCAAGCCAAAUGUUCCUGUGCCCCCAGAUCCUCCUCAGAUGUCUGUGAACGUGGAUCUGAGUUCUGCUAGCACACAGACUUAUCAGCAAUGUGAAGCCGCUGACAGCAAAAUUAAACUUUCACCCAGAACAUCUGCAGAGUCUGUUGAGUAUGAGGAGCCGUCUUUAGGGGCCUUUUUAAAUCACACCGGCCCUGUCCACGGCCUGCUAAUCCACGAUGGUCUGCUAUUCACGUGUUCAGCAGACAACACAGCUCGGGCCUACAAUCUGGUGACCCGCGAGUGCCAGGCAGUGUAUGAGGGUCACACGAACAAAAUCAACUGCCUGCUGGCGUCGUCCCUCCCGAACAUGCCGACGCUCCUCUUCACCGGAUCCAGCGACCAGACCAUCCGCUGUUACAACAUAAAGUCUAAGAAGUGUUUGGAGCAGCUCUCCCUACCAGACAGAGUGUUAUGUCUGCAUGCAGCUUGGAAUAUUCUUUACGUUGGUCUCGCCAGUGGAUCAGUCGCUAGCUUUGAUUUGAAGACUCUGAAAGAGCUGGAUGUGUUUGAGUGCCACGGCCCUCGAGCCGUGAGCUGUCUGGACACGGCUCAGGAAGGCGCCCGCCGGCUGCUUCUGGUCGGGUCGUACGACAGCACCAUCAGCGUACGAGACGCCAAGAACGGCCUGCUGCUGCGCUCGCUGCAGGGCCACACCAAGACUGUGCUCUGCAUGAAGGUGGUGAAUGACCUGGUCUUCAGUGGCUCCAGUGACACAUCGGUACACGCACAUAACAUCCACACGGGCGAGUUGGUUCGUAUCUACAAGGGUCACGGUCACGCUGUCACCUCAGUUGUCAUCUUGGGGAAAGUGAUGGUAACGGCAUGUGUGGAUAAGCUGGUUCGAGUUUAUGAGCUGCAGUCUCACGACCGCCUGCAGGUGUACGGAGGCCACAGUGACAUGGUGAUGUGCAUGGCAGUACAUAAGAGUGUUAUCUACACAGGCUGUUACGAUGGCUCCGUUCAAGCUGUGAAGCUCAACUUAAUGAAAAACUACCGCUGCUGGUGGCAGAAUUGUUCCCUGAUCUUCGGCAUGCCUGAGCAUCUGGUUCAGCACCUCACUGGAGAUCACACCAACGCAAAUCUGCAGAUGCUCAAAUGUCGAUGGAGAGGCUGCAGCUCUUUCUUUACCACACAGCAAUCCAUUAGACAGGAGCUUCCUGAUCACAUGAGGAGCCACGUAGAGAGCGACAGUGAGGUGCUGCCGUGACACGAGUGAAGGUAAAAAAAAAAAAGAAAAGGCAGCAGACGAGCAACCCGGCAUCCGUUAAUGUUUAGAAGCAGAUUCAGUGUUUGGCUCACUACGUCAUUUUGUUUUUUGUUAUUGAUUCACUGGAACUGUCCUUUCUGUUUGUAGAGGAUUGUUACUUUCAGUGGUUGAUUAAAAUGGUGUUCACCCACAUGUUUUUCGUCAUUGUUGAGGAGACGUGAAACAUUUGGUUGACAUGCACUUUAACAUGUGUGAGGCACUAAUCUUUCUCCAAAUACGCAGCGCUGGUGUGAGCAUCUCAGAGUAGCUUAAACUGCCUUUUAAAAUGCACCUUGUCAAAGUACAGUUUGCACGUUUUAGUUUUAACCUGCAAAGAAACGACUUCUGAUGAGAUGGAACCAGCAGAACUAGAGGUUUGUUUCAUGUUCUCCUCUGUAUAAGCAGGUGCCUUUACUACCCGCACUGCAACUUAACCUAAGAAGCUGUCCUUUAUGAAUUAGGAAUAUAUUCUGGAUUUCAUGUUUCCCAUCACAGAACCGCGGUGCAUCAAGCUGUCAGUGGGCUGCUUUCAGGCUGUCGGUGAGCGUCUGUGGCAUUAAUUUUGUGGCGGAUCCCGCUCCAUAGCUCCAAUUUUUUUUUCCGUCUGAUUCUGCAUGUUGUAUCGGCGAUCAGAAGGAUCUGCUUAGAGAAGUAUGAGAAAAAUUAUAUAAAAAAAUAAAAAUAAAAAAGAUCAAAAGGACCUGGUUUACGUCUUCACACUAUCUGAACAUGUUAGUGCAUGAGUAUUUUCUUCUAGCAUCUACAAGAAAUAAACUAUAGACCAACUGAGACCAACUCUGUAGGACAAAGCUAGCUCAUUAGCAUUCCAGCUAAUUGUUGCACUGCAUACUGCACGCCGCUAUGAAGAGUUAUUUCCUUUCGCGCAGGUGCAUAGUGUAUCGGACUGCGGGCUGUCGGUUGUAGUCUUUAUGGUGUGUUCAAGUGCGACUUUUUAGUCUGGACACAGGUGAAGUGAGGCAGCGUCCCACUCCACCUCUGUUGCCAGUAGUUCGGUGUUUGGUGCGUUGACCCUUAUACGCUCACAUGGUUUAUCAGGCUUAUGUACUCAAUAAUGUCAGACCGUUGCUUCCCUGUGGAAUUGAAAAUCCUGAAGACUUUGAAAACAAAAAACACACGUGUCGAUGUGCGGAGACAUUUGGAUGAAUUUAUUAUUUUAUUUUUUAUUUUAUUUUUUGCACCACUAAACAUCCGUUAAUUAACUUUUUCACAUUUCUGACACUGUAUUUCUUGAAACCAAACUGUACAGAAAACUGCGAAAGCCUUAAUUUUUGUAUGCUGUCCUGUACCAUGUGUGCAUCCUCUGUUUGAUAUCUAAUGUGUAUGUACAGCAAUAAAAAGACAUCAGUGUA